AUGCCGGACAGCCGCUGGACGCGAACUUCUCGCCACUCGUACAACACAAGGCAACACAAGGUGUCUGCCGUACGAACACCCGGUGGAACAUUGAAAGCCAAGCGCACAUACAAAACUUCCAAUGGACCCAAAUGCGGUGAUUGCAAAAAGCCACUGCAGGGAAUUCAACACCUUCGGUCCUCCAUGUACCGUCGAACCAAACAACGCGAACGCACGGUCUCGCGUUGCUACGGGGGUGCCGUCUGUCACGCCUGUGUCCGUCAACGCAUCGUGAGAGCCUUCUUGUUGGAAGAACAAAAGGCCGUCAAGAAGGUCUUGGCAGAACGUGGUGAUAACAAAUAA